AUGAGCUUCCCGCAGAUUGGUCUGGGGGAUGUCAUGACAACUCUAACUACUGCCUGGACCAUCUACAAAAAUGUCAAGGAAGGUCCAGGGAGUGCUGCUGCCGACUUCAAUUCGUUUCGUCAAGAAUUCGGGGCCAUCAAAGAUUUGUUGGAGCAGAUCCAACAGACAAAGCGAUCGACCAUCAAGGGAGAACGCGACCUAGGACUCUUCUACAACCAGACAAUCGACGAAUGCGCGGAAUUUGUACACAAGCAUCGACAGCUGGCACAGAAUGAGACCACAUCCGGCGGUCGUUGUAACAGUUUCGGCACGAAAGCAUCCACUUUGUUUGAGAAGGCUACAUGGCCUCUGGAGAGGGAUGAGGCGGAGAGGCUCCGACGAAAGCUUGAGCGUUGCCUCAAGAUUGCAACGUUGAAGUCGAGCCAGGAGACACGCGAUGCAACGUUGGGCUUCAUGAAGGCAACCGAGCACAAUCAGUUGGAAAAUAUCGAGAUGCUGAGGUCAAUCAAAACAAUGACCUCGCAAAUUUCCUUACUUCUAAGGCGAUGUAUGCUCGAAAACCCGGUUGAGACAGACCCCUUUGAUGCUCAUCAUCCAAGUCACCGCGCAAGCCGAUUGAAGCGAGCUCUUCUCGAAUCGGAGCAUGUGCUAAGUGCGAUACCAGAGAACGACGAUAUACUAAGCCAGGUGGACAGUCAGAGAUAUCAAAAGGUUUUGGAUCGCAUCCGUGAGAUAUCUGAGCGACUGAGCAAUCUCACUCGAAGACUUGACACUUAUGAAGCACAUGAGCUGGCUGUGGGGCAUUCACCUGGCGGGCUCACAUAUGCGGUCGAUGAUGAUAGCAGCCAGAAACCAAAUGUUGCAGCUAUGGUGCGCUUCCUUCACCAAGUAAGCGACGAUGUGCGUGAUGCGCUGGGUAUGGUCGGGUAUGGACAUGAUUUGGUGCCUAAUCGUGAACUCGCUCCCAAGAACGAAGCUUCAGUCAAGGCACACCAUUCGAUCAACGAGACGGCCGAGGAGUGGGAGCAAUUCCGACAAUGGCUCGACUUCCAGCUCGUUCACGCUUUCAAGACCGACGCCUACGAUCUGAAGCCGAUUCACUCGCCCGGACUGCCGCUCCAGAGAACUAGUCCAAGCAUAUCACCAUCUCCCGAUGUUCGCACACCAGUGAUGCCUAUUUCUCGUCAGAGAUCCGUGGAAUCUGAUUCGACGAUUGGCUCUCCCCAAUCCGUGAUCUCAUUGCCGAUACCAGAUAGAAAGCUUGCAUUGACGAGCCAUCCAGUGCAUCUGGAGUUUCCCGACCCGAAUGUCUCGAGCCGGGUACUCUUCCGCCCUCUGUUGUGCAAUGUCGUGGCAUGCUUCAACAUGCAAACGAACGAACCCGAAGCCAUCGAAGCGAUCGAUAUUCAAGGGGGAGUCAAGGUCACUCAAACGAUCAUCCGCGGAUCAUCUACGGUCAAGAGCUCGAUGCUCCCUUAUGUCCCCAGCCAACGAGUCCCUGCCGCCCAGCACGGACUCUGGUUUCAAGGCUCACACAAGACCAAGAUUGAAGACCAUCAAACAGUGGCCAGAUACCACAUUUCACCGAUUUACCGAUGCCACGACUCAAGCGAUUUCGAAUGCUUCCAAGAGAUCCUCCUGCGAAGAAAAGUGGUUCUUAGCGUGGAUGUGAGAAAGAUAUCCGUCAACGCGACCGACUGCCACGCCAACUCGGCAGAAACCAUUCGUAUACUUGAGGACCCAAUCACGCAAGGUCUUUCGCUGUUGUACUUUGCUUCAUUCCCGGGGACUUCUCGGCGAGCGAGGUUCACGGACGUUCCGAUGAGCGACCUGGGGGCGCCACAUGCCAAGUCCAAGCAUAUCAAAUUCGCAUUCCAGGGGGCGUCGCGCCGCAGCUCGAUGGACAGCGGCACCAGUGUCCUCUCGCAGGAAUCGAGGCACUCGACCUUCACAACGCGAGGAUCGGACCAACGGACCAAAUAUCUUGAGCUGGAAUUUUACGAGGAUAAAGACUGUACCUCAUUCCUCCGGGUGCUCAAGAACGCCGAGGGCGAUUGA